GCUCCCUGCUUUCCGUACUUCCACAGGAAGGAACAGGCGUCCGUAAGUCAGCGGUGAGAGCGGUGGAUCUUCCACCCAGCAGCUCGACUCAAACAUGGGGGAAAUCAUUCUGCCUCGACGCAUGUUCCUCUGGUGCAUGUCGGUCAUUUAUCUGAGUGCCUUUGUAUCUCUGUAUGUGCAGAUACCAGGUGAGACUCCACUCUCUGCUGACUGUACUUACUUUUGGUGUGUUAGCUUGCUAGCUGGGGGCUUGGUUCUUAGUCUUUCUGUGCUACUCACGCAGUCAAACAUGCCAAAGAAGUCUGCAAGUUCCUGCGUGGCGUGGGGAAAUGUCACCGUGCUCCUGGCUAACUUCACAAAUCAGCUUUUGUCUUUGGAGGCACAGCCAGGUGUUAAUACGUAAACAUGAUGCCAAUGUAUUGCACUACAGUACCCAGAAAUCCCCGAGUUUCAGUGAGUUGAGGACGCUUACUUUUCUGGUUUCAGGAGACAUCAACCACGCCCGCUAGUUUAAAAGAAAUGUUUUGGUUAAAGCGUAUUUUCUGUAUUUAUUCACACUUAUACCGCUUUUUCAGUACACUUUUAAGCCCACAAAGUAAUAUUGAGAAAUCUUUUAAGAGUUUUGAAACUGCUAGUGGGAAUGAAUGAAUGAAUAAAAAUAAAAAAAGAGUAGUUUUUUGGAGUAUGUUGUGGUAGGGCUGGGCGAUAUGGGAAAAAGUUUCUCACAAUAUAUUUUUUCACAUAUCAGUCGAUAUUGAUAUUUAUCACUAUAUAAAAAAUGCAUCUGUGAGGUCUUUGUGUCUCUUUGACGUUUUGUUGUAAGGCGUCGAGCUAGAGAAAUCGUACCGAAUGGUCGGCUGUUUCAACUGCACAGGCGCCAUGGGCUCCUUGCUCCACUGGUGGUUUGUAACCUUUUGCAUUGCGAGCGCUUUGCUGUGUGGCACUGCUUCAGGUGGUGAAAAACAUUUGAAGUAUUCCCCGUAUUCACUUUGCGGGAACAUGAACUCGACAUAAAUUGCAGUGCACAUCACUCUGCUUCAUGUCCGACCUCAAAAUAACAAAAUACCUCCACACCACCGAUGUUUUCAUGCCAGUGUUGUUGUAGCCUUUAUCUGCAUUCCUGCCCGGGGUAGCACUCAUUUUUGUUUUUUCUCACUGACAGUGCUGUUGGGCUUCACUUGUUAAAGCUCUAUGGUUGCUGCAGCCUGCUACUACACAGUUGUUUGCUACUUGGUUCUAAUUCAGCACAUGAUUGGUUCAGAGUGAAGCGGACCCAGAGCAACUCCCAUUUUGUAUAGUCUACCAAAACAUGGGAGAAUGCCGGUUAUCGAACAGCAUAUUGACCAUGUUUUAUAUUGAUAUUGAGGGAAAUAAAUUUUCGAUAAAUAUAAUUAUCGUUUUAUCGCUCAGCCCUAUGUUGUGGUGAUAGAAAUGCUAAAACUACCUUAGAUUCAGCUCAUAUGAUCUUCCCAUGUGUUUCACUUUGAAACGCCACCAUCAUGCUUUGUUAUUAAGAUCCAUGCUGCUCAGUGCAGCUUUAAAACACAAGCUAUGACUGGUUUGUUCAUUUAUUGUUGAUUCUUCUCCAUGUUUUCAUCUGUUUAUAGGUCUCUAUGGUAAUGAUGGACUGUUGCCUGCUCGUAGGCAGCUGCGAUACAGCGGUAAACCUCUCAGUGAACAGCUGCUGACCUCUCCCACCCUACUGUGGCUCGGACCUCGGCUUGGCCUGGACACAUACACCGCCAUGGAGCUGCUGUGCCUCGUAGGCGCUGCACUGAGCUUCACUGCGACUCUCGUAGAGGCUUUCAGAGACAGCGUGGUGUUUUUCUGCCUCUGGGCCUUGUACCUGUCGAUGUAUAAUGUGAGUGCAGACUGUAUCAGGUUAUUUUCCACAGAUCAUCACCGCUCUGUUCCUUCUCUCAUGUGUGUUUUUGGUUCUUGUUGCAGGUGGGUCAGGUGUUUCUCUACUUCCAGUGGUGAGUGAUAAUUUAUGGAUUUGUCUUUUGUAAUUAGCACAGUCGUGCUCUCAAUAACUGUUUGCUCACAGAUCCAAGGAUAGGUUUGGUAGUUUGCUGACAGAUUCACAUCAUUGUCAGUCUACUGUUUGUAAUAUUGCUGUGAUGUUUAGCUCUGCUGCUUCGCAACAAAACUCUAACCAUCCCUGCACUUCCUUGAACUACACUGACAAACCCUGAAUAACUUCCUCUGCUUUUGUCCUGUGUGCCACACUUUCCAACUAUUACUCAUCAUUUCCUUUACUUUUUACGGUGCAGGGACAACUUGCUGCUGGAGACAGGCUUCCUCUGUAUCCUCGUCGCUCCUUUGACAUUAAUCAGAGGUUCACGAGGAGUGAGAGAGCACGAUCGUGUGACUUUCUGGCUGGUUCGCUGGUUACUCUUCAGGCUCAUGUUUGCCUCUGGCGUGGUGAAGCUCACAUCACGAUGUCCCACAUGGUGGGGACUCACAGGUACAUGGGAUAAAUUUAAGAAGUACUGAAGAGAGUUGCUUUUUGUUUAAUUUUUUAACUUUAGCUAAUUUGUUAGAAAGGCUGCAGAUGGAGUAAACUGAGAUGAGCACGCACCAUACUUUCUUUUUCCUUUAUCUGGUUUUUGUUCAAUUGACUCUGUUUUUCUCUGUUUUCACUCAGCUCUGACAUACCACUAUGAAACUCAAUGUAUCCCCACACCGGCAGCCUGGUUUGCUCAUCAGUUACCAGUGUGGUGGCAGAAGUUUAGUGUGAUGGGAACUUUCAUCAUAGAGAUCCCCGUCCCGCUGCUUUUCUUCAGCCCUCUGCGCAAACUCCGGCUCGGUGCUUUUUACCUGCAGGUCUGUAUAAACUGAAGUUUUAUUAAUUAUUUUUUAUUCAAAUAGUUUUUCCGAUUUUUAUCAUUUCUGCUUUGUAUCUAGGCUUAUGUUAAAGUUGCAUUCACCAAUUGCAAACCCAAUCUACAGUAUAAUAUAGGGUUACAUAAAGCUGGUAAGCCCCUGUGUCUAAUUCUACCGUAAGGAUUUUGCUGCAGACCUGCAUUGUCACCCAUUCAAAACAUUUGGCGCAUUAUGAAACUGAACUCACAACGAAGGAGAUCAUGAACUGUUGAGCAGCUUAAGUCCCGUAUAAAGCUUCAUUUUCAAAACUCCAGAAGCUGGUGCGCUCAGUUCCCAAACAUUUACUGUCAACAGGAGAAGUGAUGCAACACACUGGCAAACAUGCCCCUGUGCCAACUUCUGUGAAGUGUGUUUCUGGCAUCAAAUUUAAGAGGAGCAUAUAUUUCUCAUUAAACAUGAGCAUUUUUCAGUUUCAGUGUGUGAUUUGAUUUCUUUGCUCUAUUCUCUAUUAAAUAAUGAGUCUAAAUGAUUUGCAAACACAUCCCAGUAUUUUUUAAUCCGGGUCGUCGUCCAUGUGAUCACAGAUGACAAUUUACUACUGCUAGUUGGUGGGUACGUGGCACCCGUAGAGUUCAGUUUGGAGAGGCAGAAUAAUGUUUUUUAUUUACAUAUAUUAUAAUGCGGGAGAUUUACAGGAGAAUACUAAUAUGGGAAGACAGCGGGAAAGAGGGGUAAAAUACAGCAGGAUACUUGACAGCCACGGGCAUCACUAGUCUGUAGCUGAAAAAUUCAUGGCUUUAUUAAUACUUAGUUUCUCUUUUUUUCCCCUCUUAUAGGUGUUACUUCAAGUGCUAAUCAUUGUGACAGGAAACUACAAUUUCUUCAACCUGCUGACUCUGGCCCUGUGUCUGUCACUCCUGGAUGAUCAGCAUGUGAAUUUCUGGCUUCGCAAGACACAAAAGACCAGCAAUGAAGGUACAAGAAGUGUUAGUGCUCUAUAGAUAUGCAGAUGAAGCAGAUCUGUCAGGUUACAAUAAAGAAAAAGAGCUAUAUUGGUCACAGUAUACUUAAAGAGUAUCUUUUUCUCUUUUCUCUCUGUUCUUUCAGAUUCCAGGCUCUGGUCAUGGCUGUGUUACCUGCUGGAGCUGGCUGUCUGGUCCCUCCUCGUCUUUGGAUCGAUUGUCUGCUUUGACCUGCAGUACGGUACGAUGAAGAACGUCAUCACCUCCAGGACAGGUGUGUAAAUGUAUAACCAGACAGACAAUCAGCAGCGUCACAUUUAGCAGAUUUUAUGUCAAUGGUUAUUUCCUUGCAGCUUUCACAUACCACCACUUCAACCAGUUCUUGAAGACCGUCACCAUCCCCUGCAUCUGGAUUGGUGUGCUCUCCCUCACCUGGGAGAUGGUUACAGCCAUGUUCAGGUAAGACUCUCUGUGUGUUUGUUUGAGCGUCUAAGUUCAGCAGAACCAUGAAAAAACUUCUGUCUUUUUUCUAGGUGUGCAUGCAUCACUGGUUUCCUGAGGAGGUUUUGUGGAACCGUUCAGUGGACUUUGUUUGGCGCUGCUACCGCUGCAAUGUUCACUGUUAGCUUGGUGGGUGCUCAUGAACAAAUAUAGAUGAUCGAAUUUCACCUCAGAACUGAUUUUAUAUUUAUAUGAUGAUUUACUGAAUGAAAUAUCAGCAAUAAGCGAUUUCUCAUCAGAAUAUUUCCUCUCAUACCAACCUUUUGUUCUGAUCCAGGUGCCCUUCACAUACAUAGAGUACGACUCUAAUACCAGGCUGUGGCCAGCUGUGCGUCAGGCCUAUAACCUGGUGGAUCGCUAUCAGCUGGUUAACUCAUAUGGUCUGUUCAGGAGGAUGACAGGGGUCGGUGGACGGCCAGAGGUCGUGAUUGAAGGAAGUCAUGAUGGUGUCUCAUGGACGGUGAGAGAUGAACUUGAUCAUGAUCUAAAUUAGCCUUUUAAUGACUGUGUAUGAUGGUGUAAGUGUGCUGCUUCAUGAUCGCAAUGUUGCUCCCAGUUUACACGAAGUCUACCUGUAAAAUAAUUCAAAAGGGACCGUUUUUUUAACCUCUAAAGGUUCAUGAGUGUGUAGACUGACGACUGACCCUUGGUAUUAAGUUUUUCUUUUAUCCUUGUGCUUCUCUUUGUCUUUCUAGGAGAUUGAGUUUAUGUAUAAGCCAGGAAACCUCAGCGCACCUCCUCCUGUGGUGACGCCUCAUCAGCCAAGGUUAGACUGGCAAAUGUGGUUCGCUGCCCUCGGGAGUCAAAAUCAGGCUCCGUGGUUCACCAGCCUCGUACACAGUCUGCUGCAAGACAAAAGAGAUGGUAAGCACCACCAGAGAGACAGUAGUAGGUCCUUUAUUAUUGCAUCAAUACAUCUGUGCUCCCUGUAGUGUCUGAUUGGGAACAGUGUUAAGAGCUGUUCUCCUCAGGACCCUUGAAAACUUCUUUACUGCCCCCUAGUGUUUUUAUCAAGAAACAUACACACUGCUGCAAGGAUUUUUACUGCAGUCUUUAACACAAAAGUCACAUUAGUAAGUUUUUUAAAUGUAUUUUUCAGUCAAAGUUGAACUGGGAUACUCAAAAGUAUCUUGUUUAGUGCAAGAAACUGUCUAUUUUUUAAAAAACAAGCAGUUCUCUGACAGCUUCCUUCUAUGUUCUGCAGUGAUAGAGCUGAUCCAGAGUGAUACGUCCAAAUAUCUGUUCAACCUGCAGCCUCCCACCUACAUCCGGGCCCACCGAUACCGAUACUGGUUUACUGAGCCAAAGGCUGACGGGUCAGUGCUCUCUUUUUUUUCUUUCUCUGUCCUUGUGGAUUGUAAAAAAAGAAAAAAAAAACCUCUUGGCUUCAGUGUCAGCUGAAAUACUGUAUGGAAGUCAACACUAUUUGUCUUGUUUAAGUGGCACUUAAAGGGAUAUUCCAGCGUAAAAUUAAUUUAGGGUCAAACACACUACUCGGACAAGUCCAUUACUGCAGCGGGGCGAUGCAGCUCAAGGAAGAACAUUUAUGAUCAUUUCUUCAUGGAAAUGCAAUCAGACCAAGAUGAUAAGGCAGAAGAACUACUGGGUCUGCAGUGCAAAAUGAUUAAAAUGGUGAUUAUUACUUCAAGUAAAUGAUAAAGUAAUGAUCAUAAAUGUUCGUCCUUGAGCUAUGUCCCCCCGCUGCAGUCAAUGGACUCGUCUGAGGUCUUCCUACAAACAAGCGUCUGCUGGAAGAGAGUGGGUGAGUUGUGUUUAGUCUCUUUGCUAAAGAAAUUAGGCAAAGUUAAAAAUAUGUUUGGUGGCGAGUGCUGUGGCUGGGACCCUAUAUGUACUGUUGAUGAAGUUAGGUGCUGUUCUGAGCAUUAUUUGUGGCUAUAGAGUGGCUUUUUGGUUGAGGUUUGUUUGUGGCUCCUCAGACCGCUGUGUAUUGCUAUUGUGCGGUUGUUACUAAAGUUGGUAAAACUAGAGAAGCAAGCGGUUGGCAACAUUCAUCUCUCGAGGGGGUGUCUAACUCAGUGUUACGGUGUGUUUGACCCUAAAUUAAUUUCAUGCCGGAAUAUCCCUUUAAAGUGGCACUUAAGGUCUCAUUACUCCCACCUUAAACUGUUCAAAGUAGAAAAACAAACGAGUGCUCUUAGUUUACACUGAAUGGCUGAUCUUUGUUUACAGGUCUUAUCCUCAGCGUUGGUGGAGGAGGGUCUAUGAGGAAGAAUUUUACCCAGUAGUGAACCUGGGUAACUCUUUUCUAGAGAGCAUGCUCAACCAGUAUGGACUGAAGGUGAAUUCAUCCUAAAGCUUAUAUUAGCUCUUAAUGAUAAACCUUUCUGGCUGUAAAAGUCUCGUAUUGACUAAUAAUAAUCUUUGAUUAUGUCCAGGAUAAAUCGCCUCCACGAAUGUCAAAAACUGCGGUUGCCAGGGCUGUGAGGUGGGUACGCUCCCAGGUCAGAGGUGUUCCUGCUCACACACUUAUCUGGACCUUGAUUGCCUGCAGUGCGACUCUCUGUCUGCUCCGAGGAUUACAAAACAGGGACAAACGCACAGAAAGGACCCCUCUUCCUCCUGAGGACGUUGCUCCUGUGAGAGGUCAAGCAGAAAAAAUACCUGAUGGAUUUUCAGACCAAUGUGGGAAGUCAGAUGAACAGAUGAUUGCAGAAGAGGAGGAGGAGGAGGAGGAAGAUGGAGAGGACAGUCAAGAUGAGGUGGGGGAGGAGAAUAAAGACUCUGCUGGUGACGAGGGAGAGGAAAAAGAGGAGGAGGAGGACGAUGAAGAUCUCUCUGAAUGAAAAGGUUUUCAAAGGAUGCAGGUAAACCUCUGGAAGAGUAUCCUCACCAGCUGCCUUCAUGCGAUGUCACCAGAAUGACCAAAGAUGUUUCUCUGCGUCUGUUAAUACUUCCUGAUUGGCCAAUUAAGGAAGAAUGCGUACUGCCUUCUCCACCCUCCACUUUGCUGCUGUGCAUAAAUCUUGUAUUCAUUUCACAAUGACAAUCAUGUUGUUGGCAGAUGUUUCCACAUUUUUAAUUAUCCCUCGUUGGCUCUGGCUCAGGUUGAACUCUUAAAAAUUAAGGCUUGCCGAUGAAAAAUGUUCAAAGUAGGGGAAAAUAUUAAGGGUGUAAAUUUGUUGCUGCUUCUUCUCUCCUGUUUGUAUUGUUGCACUUAUUUGUAAUUACAGAUGUGUGUGUAUAUGAGCGUGGUAGAUGAUUAUGUUUAUGUCACUGUGGUUUCUUGCUGUAUGUACACAUCUGACACAUCCACUUGUUUUCUUUUUUGUGUUUUCUUCAGUAUUAGAAAUGAAACAUGAAACAUGGAUUUACUUUUGAAAAAGGUUUUUUAAUAACAUUAAAUACAAUAAAAUACAUGUUUCUGUGUUGAUCUUA